AUGGGACGAAUAUCACUACUACCAUCACUAUGGAUUAUCUUAUCCUUUAGUUUCGUCUUGCUACUGUUUUGCCCUCAACCAAUUCUAGCUCAUGAUCACAACAAUGACAACAGCAAUGCCUCCAAUCAAGAACAGAUCAUUGUUGACAUACACAAUGGAGACUUGGCUCAACUACAUGGCCAUCGAAACUACUACACCGUGUUGAUAUUCACAUCCUCUGAUCCAGCACACGAUUGCCAGCCUUGUCAACAAGUGGUUCCUAUGGUUGAACAAGUUACCACUACGUAUUUGGCGAGAUACUUGACUUCGGAGACGUUGGCUAUGAAAUUUUACAAGAUUGACUUGGCUGACAUUUCAAAUGCCGGUGUGUUCAGAGAGUUGGAGAUGAAUGAUAUACCUCACAUAUGGCUAGUUCCGCCAAGUCCAAGUAGCGGUAGAGAAGAUGACACAGUUGAGAGUGUUUUUGAUAGCCCGUUUAUGGAGUAUCCUUUGCGAAAGGCUUCACUUGAGGUGCAAGUUGUUGAGUUUGCUAAAUUCUUGAGCGAGGUCUUGAUGAUUGACUUACAUGUAGUUGAAAGAACAACUAUAAAUUCAAAUGGCGGUGGCGCUGGCUCCUCCUCACAAAGUGGAUUGAGUACAUUUGCCAAGACGUUCAUAAUUACAUUCACCAUAGUUGCAUUGCUUAAGAAAAAGGGACCUAGUUUCUUAUCAACUACAUCGAGAUCCACCAUCAUGUGUUAUUUUGCAAUAACGAUUAUACUUUUUUGUAUUGGAGGCUCUCAAUUCACAUUGCAGCGUCAAUCGCCACUAUUUACUAAAGAUGAGGCAUCAGGAGUACUAGUUUUUAUAAGUGAGGGCAGUAUGCAUUACCAGUACGCCAUUGAGAUCUUUAUUGUAGGGCUAAACUAUGCAUCCUUGGCUGCAUCAGUGAUAAUCUUGAUCAAAUUGGGUAAUUAUCAAGUCACGGAAACCAGUUUUAUCAAGGAUGAGAAAUUGAGAGCUUGGUUGAUUGUGUUGGUUUCGGUUGCGGUUUACUGGUUGUACAGUUGUCUUACUAGUAUUUUGUUGAAGAAGGACCCAGGGUAUCCCUACCCAUUAGCAAAAUUGUUUUGA